AUGGAUCUAAACCAGCUGCCACCUGACUUUGACUAUGAUUUCAUCUCAAGACAUACUGAAGAUGCAAUUGAGAGCAGUCCAAAAAAUUGCACUCAGCCUCCCCUUUUCCAGCAAGACUCCCCAAGCAUUUCUGAUGUUAGACUCUCUUUGGAAGAAACACAUUUACAAUAUGUUCAGCAAGAAAAUGCCGAUAACACACUGGUUGCUGUAGGGGAUAUUGUUGUUUCAGAUAUUACUGGACAAGUUCUGCAUGAAGAGGGUGAGGUGUGGUCUACGCCGCAAGUCCCUUAUACUGGUAUGACAUUUGGCAGUGUAGUAGAAGCAAGGGGAUACUACAAUGCAUAUGCUAAGAGAAUUGGUUUCUCAAUAAGGACAAAUACCUCAUGCAGAUCAGGAAUUACAAAAGUGUUGGAAAAAAUCCAGUUUGUCUGCAACAAAGAAGGGAAAGGGAAGAAAAGCAAAACUGAUGAAAAUACUGAGGAGCCUACAGAUGAUUCAGAUGAAGAUGAUUCUGAACAAGAUGAUGUUGAUCUACCGCAUGAGCGAGCCAUUAAACAGGGGCGCAUUAUGCAGCUAAUGGCUGAGUUCUAUGGCUCCAUUGAACUAGUACCAUACGUAGGCAAAGAUGUCAGUAACUUCCGAUCCACACUUCGUACCACUGAAAAGUACAAAGACAUGCAAGAAACACUAGACUACUUUGAAGAGUUGAAAGUGCAAGAUGACCCUGAUUUCUUCUAUAAGUUCAAGUUGGACAAUGAUUAUAAGAUUCAGAACCUAUUCUGGGUGGAUUGUUCAGCAAGGAAGGCGUAUGAGGCAUAUGGUGACUGUGUUUCAUUCGAUACGACAUACAUGACUAAUAUGUAUGACAUGCCCUUUGCCCCCUUCAUUGGAAUAAAUAGACAUGCUCAAUCGUUCCAGCUAGAAUGCGCAUUCCUAAGGGAUGAGAAGACAGAUAGCUUUGUUUGGCUUUUCAAAGCAUUCCUUGAAGCGAUGAAAGGCAAGGCUCCCCUUAAUAUAAUAACAGAUCAGGAUGGGGCUAUGAGGCAGGCAAUUGAGCUUGUCUUCCCUAAUACAAAUCAUCGAAACUACUGGUGGCACAUAAUGGAUAAAGCUUCUGGAACAAUUGGUCCAUACCUUUCAUCUAAUCAAGAAUUGAAGGAUGAGUUUACAGACUGUAUUAACUACAGUGUAACACCUGAAGAAUUUGAGGCGAAAUGGGAUGCUAUGAUUAAUAAGCAUGGCCUGGGGGACAUACAGCAUUUUCAGCAUUUGUAUAGCAUCAGAAAGAGUUUUGUUCAAGCGUACUAUAUGCAUUGUUUCUAUCCUUUCCUCCAAUCAACUCAGAGAAGUGAAGGGUUUAAUACAGUGCUGAAGAGAUAUGUGAAUCCAAACUUAUCAAUACAGUUAUUUGUGAAACAGUAUGAGAAAAUUCAGCAAAAGUGCCUUGUUGCUCAAGAUGGUCAGGACUUUAGGACUAAUGAUAAUGAACGACACACAUGGUCAAAGUACCCUAUUGAGAAAUAUGCAUCAACUGUGUACACAAAAGGUAUUUUCUAUAAAUUCUCAAAGGAAUUUGAAAAGACUGCAGAAUAUGAUGUGCAGGAGCAUGAAGUACCCUACCAAUACAAGCUAGUACCGAAUGACAAAUUUGUUGAAGACUAUGGGACUAGGUCAUAUAUUGUGACAGCAAUUGAAGAAGAAACAAGUUACUAUUGUGAGUGCAGCAAGUUUGAUAGGGAUGGGAUAAUUUGCUGCCACAUCAUGAAGAUUUUGAUCAGAUUUGGUGUGAAGACCCUGCCUGAAAGAUACAUAUUGAAAAGAUGGACACAACAAGCAAUUCCUGUUGACACAGAUAUGUCUGCUGAUGCAAACAUUUCUGUUGAUAUUGCGGCUAGUGGUAUGUCUUUGCAGAACAAGAAAACACUGAGAUUCAGCAACCUUGCUUCUGCACUUGCAAAAUUUGCACGUGAAGGUUCAAACUCAGAUGAUGCUCAUUCUAUUGUUACUAAGCACAUCGAAAUGAUGCAAUCUGAACUUGCAGAUCUAAAGAAGAGGAAGAGUAAGAGAAAGAAGACAACUGUUGUUCCUAGCAAUGACUUUUCUAUUGCAAAUGUAUCUCAGUCUCUUUCUAAUGCAGCUACGACAACUUCACCUCCUGGUCAUGGCUCUACAGCUGCUAUGUCUACUCCUAACCCAAAUGUGCCUGCUCCUGCAGAUUUUCAAGAUGCUUCAUAUCCUGAUAGUUCAAGAUUAGUAAGGAAUCCGCCAAGAUCAGUAAUUAAAGGGAGGAAGAAGUCAAAAAGGUUGUCUAACGGGAAGAAUGUGCAACCAAAGAGAAAGAACAAAUGCAGCAUUUGUCACUCUGAGAAUCACAAUGCUGCAAAAUGUCCUGGAAAAAUAACUAAAAGAAUCCCAAGCAAGGAGAUGCAGCUAUUCACAUGA